AUGUCUGAUAUUUUACAAUACACAUCACUGGAUGAGAUAGAAUCCAAAAUCUCCCACUGCAAUGAUUACUUUUAUCGAAAACAAAGAGAGGUAAAAUCAACUAAGCGUGAUUUGGAAUUUCGGAGUAACUGUUUGAAGAAGCUGUACUAUGCCAUCAAGGAGAAUGAGGAAGCGCUAGUACUGGCAAUGCACAAUGAUUUCCACCGUUCCAGACAAGAAUCCUUGGCUUUAGAGCUUAUUCCGCUCUACAAUGACGUACUGGAUAUGAUUAGCCGGUUACCUCAGUGGAUCAAACCAAAGAAGGUGAAAGAUUAUUCACCUGUUUAUGCAUUCGGUACAACAAAGAUUGAAAAAAUCCCGAGAGGCACAGCUUUAGUGAUAUCACCAAGCAACUUUCCUGUCUAUUUGGCGUUAGGACCUGUUGCAGCAGCUAUUUCAGCUGGAAACACGGUAGUGCUAAAACCAAGUGAGAAUACCCCUUCUACGGCGAAAAUUAUCGAGAAGAUUUUACUUGAUGCUGAACUACCACAAGGUCUGAUUGAGAUCGUCCAAGGUGGUGUCACAGAAACAACUAAACUAAUCAAGUCACCUAAGUUUGAUAUAUUCUUUUACACUGGUUCUACCAAGGUGGGCUCUAUUGUUGCACAAGAAGCUGCAAAACACUUGAUCCCUUGCGUAUUGGAACUAGGAGGCAAGUCACCAUUUUUCAUAACAGAAAAUUCUCAAUCCAGUAAAUUUAAAAUGGAUGUGCUCAUUAAAAGGUUAUUCUUCGGAGGGUUUGGUAGUGCUGGCCAAAUUUGUGUGGCACCAGAUUAUGUUCUUAUCCAUGAAUCUAAAUACAAUGAAUUCGUUGUAGCAUCAAAAAAGGUUUUGGAUAAGUUCUAUUCAGGUCAUAUUGCUGAGUAUACAGCCAUGAUCAGCAUGGCAGCUUACGAUAAAAUGAAUACAAGGCUUAAAUCUACACGAGCCGAUCUUUACCAACCUUCAAGUCUUAAAGCAUCUGAUCCUGCUACUUCAGACAAGGUAAGUGCUCGUGUCAUUGUACCUACUUUAGCUUUUGAUUGUGAUUGGGACGACCCUUUGAUGCAGGAAGAAAAUUUUGGACCUGUGCUACCAAUUGUCAAAUAUAAUGACCUUGAUGAUCUCCUUGAUAAGGUAAUCAGAUAUCAUGACACGCCAUUAGUACAAUAUAUUUUCUCUGAUUCAAAGCCAGAAAUAGAUCAUAUCUUGAGAAGAGUGCGGUCAGGUGGAUGUGUCAUCAAUGAUACCAUUGUUCAUGUGGCAAUGCAGAAUGCUCCAUUUGGUGGUAUCGGUAAAUCCGGUUAUGGAAACUAUCAUGGCAUAUAUGGGUUCAAUGCCUUUACUCAUGAGAGAACCAUCUUUAAACAAGCCUUUUGGAUGGAUUUCCUGCUUUCUAUGAGGUAUCCUCCUUAUUCAGAACAAAAAUCUAAGCUGAUUCAAAUGACUACAGAACAGAAGCCCUGGUUUGACAAAGAUGGGAGAACUUUUAUUUUCAAGAACAUCAAGUUUUUAAUUGCUAUUUUUGUGGCUAUCCUAUCAAUAACUUAUUAUUUUAUUGUUUGA